CUCCUACCGCGGAGAAAUGUUCACAAACAUAACAACACAAGAACUUGCUGUACAACGAUUGACAAGAAAGAGAAGUUUAUUUGACAGAGUUCAAUUCACAUCUCAUUGAAGAAAAUCAGAUUCUUAGCCAAGAACUACAGUCCAUAUACAGAUAUAAGACGAAAGUUGGUGAAGUAAUGUUCCACGGACGAUUUUCUGGGAUAUGCUAUUAAAAGUUAUUUCUUCUAAAAGGGCGAUAAAUAAAUUGGAGUACAGCUCCCAUUUACGUCAAAGCACGAAAGAAGAAUAAUGUCGACCAUAACACUACAACUGGUUGCCAUCGGCGAUACGAAAUGUGGAAAAUCCUGUCUGUUGAUGGUAUUUUGCAGUAAAAUAUUUCCAUCAGAGUACGUUCCGACGGUUUCCGAUUCUUACUCCAAACAUCUCGCAGUUCAAAGGCGAGAUAUUGAACUCAAACUACUCGAUACUGCUGGACUAAAGGAACACGACAGGGUCAGAACUCUUUCAUAUUCGGGAAGUCACGUGAUACUCGUAUGUUACUCUAUUGAUUCGCCAGAUAGUUUUGAGAACGUCAAAGAAAAAUGGAUACCGGAAAUUGAGCGAUAUUGCUCUGGUUUACCUAUUGUGCUAGUGGGUUUGAAGAAAGAUUUACGUGACGACACAAAGACGAUUGAAUACCUUAAAGAAAAAGGUCAGCAACCUGUGAGCACCAAACAAGGACGAAAACUGGCAAACACAGUCAAAGCAGCGGCCUUUUUAGAGUGCUCCGCGUUAAAACGUGACGGUGUACAUGAGGUGUUUAAUUCAGCGGCAAGGGCGGCCAUUAUGGCCUCGAGUAAACGUCGCUGUUCAAUACUGUAGAAACGGAAUAUAUUUUUUGAGUGUAAAAUAUAGUUUUGUAGACUGGCACUGAGAGAAGUAUUUAUGGUCCAAUCAAUUUCAAUUGCACUAAUUGGUACUAAUUAUUUAUAAAACAUAUUGCAAAUAUGCUAUGUCAGAAUGAGUAAAGGCUGCUGACCGCAGCAAAGCAUUGUUUGCUUGCAUUGA